AUGGAAAAUCAACCAACUAUAAGUCCUAGGGUUAGAAGUGCCAUGAGCAAGAUUGCUGUUAGGAAAUCCAAAGAAACAAGACAGCUAUGGAGACGAAGCAGUCGUAUAGUUCCAUUCAAUGAUGUUGAAGAUGAGGAGAAAGUAGAAGAGGUCAAAAUGUUGAUAGACCUGCAUGCCAUACAUGUAUAUGAAUGGCAAGAGAUAAGACUUCCAAAGGACGAUGCUCGAGACCUUCACUUCAACACUAAAAUGGAAGAAAGAAAUGCUAAAGUAUGCAGAGCUAAAUUGGCUGAGCAUACUGAGAGGUAUGAAGAAAUGGCCGACUCCAUGAAAGAAGUGGUAAGCAUGGGUGUAGAACUAUCAGAUGAGGAAAGGAAUCUGCUCUCAGUGGCUUACAAAAAUGUGAUUGGAGCUCGCAGAGCAUCUUGGAAGGUUAUUACCAGCAUAGAACUAAAAAAGAAGAAAGAAUACACAGUGGGAGAUGAAGAUAAAAUCAUUAAAGAAUACAGGGAAAAGAUUGAAAAAGAACUAAAAGACAUCUGCAACGAUAUAAUAAAUAUCAUGGAUGAGCAUCUGAUACCCAGUGCUACUAAACCCGAAUCAGAAGUCUUCUAUAAUAAAAUGAAAGGGGACUACCAUAGAUACAUAGCAGAAUUCGCCACAGCCAAUGACCGUAAAGAAGCUGCAGAAAACAGUUUAGUUGCAUACAAAGCUGCCAACGACAUCGCCAUGGCUAAAUUGGCUCCCACACACCCCAUACGUCUUGGUUUAGCGCUUAACUUCUCCGUAUUUUAUUAUGAAAUUUUAAACUCACCCGACCGGGCGUGUCGACUGGCAAAGGCCGCAUUUGAUGACGCAAUCUCAGAUGUUACCAAGAGUGAAGAAAGUUAUAAAGACUCCACCUUAAUAAUGCAGUUAUUACGAGACAAUUUAACACUAUGGACAUCAGACAUGCAGGGAGAUGAUGAGUGUGAACGGAAUGAGGAAGGUGAAGUGCGGGAUGAUGAAAGUGACGAUAACCAGCAGUAAUUCCACCUCAAAUCUCAAGUCUCGUUGUGAUGCAGGCCUCUAAAGGAGACCUAAGCUGCUCCCGAGAUGGAGGACUAAAGACAAUGAAUGACUAUUAUUUAAAACAGACAGAAAAUCGAGAAAAACUAAAAAA